GUUGUUGACUUCACAACUAACAAUGUUGGUGGCCAGCUGGGUUGAUACCUGUACAAAGUUUCAUGGCAAUCGAUCCGAUAAUGGACAGGAGGAAUAACACUGCCUUUACUAGAGCCUGUUGAAAGAGCAAAAGAUUACUUGAGGAAAGAAAGAAGAAAGGAAGACGAGCAGUUUGAUUUCUUCUUUAUCUGAAUAGGAAUGGAUAAUGAGAGUCAAUGGGAAACAGAGCAGAGCAUAUACAAUUGUUAAAAGAGAUUUUUUAAGACAGACAUAAAAGAUGAAAAGAAAAAUAAGCCAGAAUAAAUUCCUGAAAAAUAGAGGAAGAGGAAUGAGAGUGUGACAGAGAGGAAAAAGUCCCAACAAUAAACGGGAGGAUCAGGAGGAAAGGAGAGAACGCUUGGAGAGGGAUAAAGAGAGGUGAGGGAAAGAAAGGCUGAGGAAGAAUACGAGUAUGAAGAGAGGGAGAGAAAGAGGCAGCUUAAUUUCACACUACUACUUCCCACACAGAAAGAGAGAGGGAGAGAGUGAACAACAGAGAGAGUGAGAGACAGAGGUGAAAGAGAGACAGAGAGGGACUGUGUAAUCACUUCUCCCCGUCAGACAGAGAAGGACUUGCCUGCUCUCUCUCUUCCCUGUCUUUGCCAUGUGACCGGCCAGCACUCCAGCACCGCUCUUUUUUCACUCCCUCAUCCUUCGCUCGGCUCACACUAUGUCUGACUGAGGAGGAGGAAGAGGAGGAGGAGGAGGGAGAGAAAGAAAGCAGGAAGAAGAUAAAGAGAAGAAAAGAGGGAAAGGAUGUUCUCCGUUUCACUCAAGUGCCGCUUAGGGGUCAUCAGGCGCCGAAUUAAGGAUGAUGGCCCAUAUGGAAAAACAAAGGAUAUCUCUGGACCAGAACAGACCAUGGCCUCCAGAAGACACAGUAUACCAGAAGCUCUGCGGGGGGUGACCAUGGUGGAGCUGGUGAAGAAAGAAGGCAGCACACUGGGCCUCACCAUCUCAGGAGGAACCGACAAGGACGGGAAACCACGGGUAUCGAACUUACGGCCUGGAGGACUGGCGGCCAGGAGUGACCAGCUAAAUGUCGGUGACUACAUCAAGUCGGUGAACGGCAUCAAUCUGACCAAACUGCGGCAUGAAGAGAUCAUCAGUUUACUGAAGAACGUCGGAGAGAGAGUUCUGCUGGAGGUGGAGUAUGAACUGCCCCCUACAGCACCAGACAGCACCUCAGGGGUUAUAUCAAAGACAAUCGACAUCUGUUUGCACAAAGAGGGGAACAGCUUUGGUUUCGUCAUGAGAGGUGGUACCCACGAAGACUGGCACAAGUCACGCCCCCUAGUGGUCACCUACGUCAGGCCAGGAGGUCCUGCAGACAGAGAGGGCACACUGCGACCCGGUGAUCGUCUCCUCAGUGUGGAUGGCGUGCCACUGCAUAACGCUAAUCACAGCGACGCCCUCAGCGUGUUGGCUCAGUGCGGCCAGGAAGCCCUGUUCCAGAUAGAGUAUGACGUUACUAUCAUGGACACAGUAACGAACGCCUCCGGUCCGCUAUUAGUGGAAAUUGCAAAGGCGCCAGGAGCAACGCUGGGUAUCACGCUGACAUCGGCCAAUCAUCGAAACAAGCAGGUCAUUGUCAUCGACCGGGUUAAACCUGGCAGCGUGGUGGACAGAUGUGGAGCUCUGCAUGCUGGAGAUCACCUGCUGUCCAUAGAUGGGACAUCAACAGAACACUGUACAGUCCUGGAGGCAACACAGCUAUUAGCGAGCACAACAGAACUGGUGAAAUUAGAAAUACUUCCCUCCCAUCAAACAAGACUAACUGGGAAACAGCACGACACAGUGAAGGUUCAGAAGUCGGACCACCCCCACUCCUGGGACCCCUGUGUGAACUACUGUCACCCUUCAAACUCCACCCUCUGCAACACAAGCGCCACCCUCAACAAGUCGUGGACCGCCUCAAAUAAUAACACCAUCAACAGCCUCGACUACUGCAAGUCUCUGGUGUCUGCCAGUUUCUCUCCCGGCUCAACGACUACAUCGGGCCCCAGUAGCCAGAGCUCCAGCACCCUGCCCAGGCCCACAGUUCCCAUGAGUCCACGUAACUCGCUGCUCAAACGACGGCAGAGAAAGAAAGAGCACAAAAGCUCCUUGUCCCUGGCGUCAAGCUCGGUGGGUCCAGGUGGUCAGGUAGUUCAUGUAGAGACCAGUGAGGUCGUCCUAACAGGUGACCCUCUCAAUGGCUUUGGUGUCCAGCUGCAGGGAGGAAUAUUUGCCACAGAAACGCUGUCUGCACCCCCACUUAUCCGGUUCAUAGAGCCUGACAGCUCUGCAGAGAGGUGUGGCCUGCUGCAGGUUGGAGACCGCCUCCUGUCAAUCAAUGGAAUCCCCACAGAAGAUGGAACACUAGAGGAGGCCAAUCAGCUUCUCCGAGAUGCGGCGCUGACCAACAAGGUCACACUGGAGAUAGAAUUCGAUGUAGCAGAGUCCGUGGUGCCUAGUAGUGGUACGUUCCACGUCAAACUGCCGAAGAAAAGAGGAGUGGAGCUGGGGCUCACCAUCAGUGCCAGUAAGAAGCCAGGAGAGCCCCUCAUCAUUUCUGACAUCAAGAAGGGCAGCAUGGCCCACAGAACAGGAACACUGGAGCCUGGUGAUAAGCUGUUGGCCAUCGACAACAUCCGACUGGAGAAUUGUUCCAAAGACGAUGCAGAGCAGAUCCUGCAGCAGUGUGAGGAACUGGUCAAACUAAAGAUACGCAAAGACGAAGACAACUCAGAUGAGCAGGAGACGUCAGGCAGCAUCAUCUACACAGUGGAGCUGAAGCGGUACGGAGGCCCUCUGGGUAUCACCAUCUCAGGCACCGAGGAGCCUUUUGACCCCAUCACUAUAUCUGGCCUAACCAAGAGAGGCCUGGCCGAGAGGACAGGGGCAAUUCAUGUAGGUGAUCGGAUCCUGGCUAUCAACAGCGUCAGUUUAAAAGGGAAGCCCCUGAGUGAAGCUAUCCACCUGCUGCAGAUGGCUGGAGAGACGGUCACCCUCAAGAUCAAAAAACAGCUCGACAAUGUAGAGGAGAGGAAGGCAGCAGAGGCAGAGGACACAACAGAGAAUGAGCUCAGUGACCCUGAGGAGGACGAUUUGACGGACAGCCAACAGACCAACAAACUGUCAGAGCUCUACUCCACAACCAUUCCCAGCGUCGACUCUGCCAUGGAGUCAUGGGAUGGCUCAGGGCUGGACGCUGGCUAUGGCAGCCAGGGUACGUACAGCCACCAGGCAGCUGGUAUCGCCCUCCACCCUCAUGAGUGGCGUAGUGCCAAGCAGCAGCGCAGCAACACACCUCCACCGGGACGCCGGAAGAACUAUCCGUUCAGUGACGGAGGCUUCAGUGAGGAUGACUGGGACAAACCACCUGGAUUUGUUGGCCAACAACCAGACGGUAUUCUGUUGGAUCCAGAUGACAGUUUCUGGUGUCAGGCGCUUGAGGAUCUGGAGACCUGCGGCCAGUCAGAACUACUCAGAGAGAUCGAGGCAUCCAUCAUGACAGGAACAGCCAUCAGUCUGGGUGUAGACGGUGUCAACAAGCCUCCAGCUGAGCCCAUACUGAGCCACAGCAGGAUGAGCCCGCUGAGGAGAAACUCUCUCCUGCACCAGGGAAACCUGCUGCAUCAGGGUACACACCUCCACCAGGGUGCCCAUCUGCAUGAGGAGGCCCACCUGCAUGAAGAGGCUCAACUCCACCAAGACCCCCACCUGCUCCAGGAGGCCCAUUUCAACCAUGAGGCCCACCUGCACCAGGGGGCCCACAUCCACCAAGACAACCAGUCCCCUCUCCUGCACCACGAGCCCAAGGCCAAGGCCACAUUGAGAGUGUCAGAGAGGACGUGGGAAUCUCGUCGGAUCAAAGAGGAGAUGCAGGGGAUUCUGUCCCCGACGCCUUUGGAGCUGCACAAAGUGACGGUGAUAAAGGACCCAGAGAUCGAUGACUUUGGCUUCAGAGUGUCAGAUGGCUUCUUGGAGAAAGGAGUUUACGUCAACAUGAUCAGACCUGACGGGCCAGCUGACAGAGCCGGGCUCAAACCCUACGACAGGAUCCUACAGGUGAACCACGUGAGGACGAGGGACUUUGACUGCUGCCUGGCGGUACCUCUGAUCACAGAGGCUGGGGACAGACUGGAAUUGGUCAUCAGUCGCAACCCGCUGGCAAACGACGAGGACGCAGAGGACAAUAACAACACUUUAGACCACCCGCUAGACCUGUAACACACACACACACACACACACACACAAACGAAAAGACAGACAGAUGAAUCUCUGGACAUACACACACAUGUAUUCACUCUGUCACACUCAGGCAGGAGAUAUACUCAAACUGGUGAUGAAGUGCAAAGUUGUAUCUACAGGAACUGGCCCAAACACACACACUCCACCGGCUUGCAAUAAUUCUACUUAAACACAGAGACUCCUUCAGGAACACACACACACACACACACACACACACACACACACACACAGAAACACACACUUGCAUGCUCACACAGUCACCCCCUCCCAUUCACACCGGGUUGAACUGCUGUCGUAUCGUAUAUUUCUCCAUGGAAGCACUGGCUCAGUGCAGAGAAACCACCAGAGACACUCUCCUGAAAGCUGGCUCGGAGUCCUCGCAGUGUUGCUCCAACAUAAACAACCACUUACUUGGCACUUUAACCAGCCAUUACCGAUUCUGACUCUUUAAAUAUUGUUUUUACUUAAAACAAAUGAAUAAAAACCUGCAAUUUGGGUGAGGUAAUUUCAGCUGUUUGUAAUGCCAGGCCACAGGUUUAUAGAGGUUUCUAGUGCGGGAGGGAUCUGCCUUAUUACAUAAUAUUGUAAGUGAUUUUAGGAAAUUUAAAGUGUAACUGCCUCACUCAGUUUGCAGGUUUUAUUUGUUUUAAGAAAGGCUGUUGACACUUUCUAGAGGACUGGACCAACGGUUGAUAAAGGAAUUGUUUCAGACUUUGGUCUACACAGAUGUAGCCAUAAUAGAAGUCCACAUUGCUGCUAAGAGUCAAAUACUGCUGCUCCAAUGCAAUUCACUCAAUUAAUUUCCUGGUAAAGUCAAGUUUAGCUCUUUUUUCACUUGUCGCAUUAAGGUGGACUUCUAUAUUGGAUACCUUUGCACAUCAUAAGAUCUGAACAGUGAUAUAAACAAGGAAAAAUUAAAUUUGUGCCAUCAUUACAAGGUAAAGAUGAUGAUGUCAUCACAACUGCCAAACUUUAUUUUGAUCCAGUUAGAGGAAAGAGAAUGAAGGAUAGGAGUUGCUUUCCUCUCGGACGAGACAUGGCAUCUUUAAAGGAUUUAUUAGCAAAGGCAACUUUUGCUGCAACACACUUGUGGAGAUGCCCCGGAGAAAACUGUGUUGCCAACAGAAGAACAUUUUCUUGCAACAUUUAGGAGAUUAUUGCCCCUUGUUUGCUUGUUUUGGGUUUUGCUGGGAGAGUUGCCCAUCUACAUUGCCCAGUUUGCCACCACAGUUGUCUGAGAGCACCUCGGCUCAUUGCUGGUCUACAAAGUCAAACAGCAGUAGCUACUGUAUGCAUUUUAGAAGUAGAGCUCAUGAUUGGAGUCAAGGUUCAGAAUAAUCAUUAGUAACACCAAUUUCUGCCGUUAAAGCUGCUGUGUGAAGCACUUAUGAGAAAUUUAGUCCCACAUAAAUUUUCAGACAUUAGUAUAAUUGCUAUAAACAAACAUGAUGAACAAGUCUGUCACAGCCUCAACACUGUAUUUUACACUGUGAGCCACAGGGGCAGGUUCAGGGGAUAAUUGCUUUAUGACACAAAACAGGAUUAAAGCAAUAUUCCUCAGCAACAAACAGAUAAAGCUGGUGAGUUUCUGGUGAAAACAAAUGGUAGCAGACAUGAAAGGCUGAUGGGAACAUAUUAAUCCAACAUGGUUCAUCUUUACAGUAAACAGGCAAACGUGUAAUAUAGGGUCCGUUUGUUAUUUCCGCUGGUGUACAUCAGAAUUCACACAGAUAUUCAAUACUUUAGAACAGUGCUGACUUACUAUAACUAAAGGUAACACCAAAGAUUGUUUGAGAAAUAUACAUUACUUAUGUGCAGAGGCAGAUUUGCUUCACUCACCAGCCACAGAAUCAAUGGUAAUCUAUUGGGUGGCUGGUAGGUGUAUUUACAAUCCUGGUUGGGACAGUAUUACCAGCUGAGCAGUGACGCUAGCUGGCUGGAUAGUGGAUAAUACCAAAGACGGUGGAUAAACCAAGACGGUCCACUGCGAGUCAGUUUCCUGUAUCAGUGUCAUGUGGGGUUUGCGACCACCACGCCCUUUGGGAGACUAACAGCAGGUCCUGAGUCCAUUGACUUCAGUGGCAGAAAUGAACGUGAUUACAGAUUAUGGCCGAUUCUUUCGCCCCAAAGUCACGGAAGCAAAUAUUGGACCCAUUUAUCACAAGCCACAUAUAUUCAGAACAUUCAGACAAC